AGGCUAGAUAAAGAACUCGCUUCGGUGUGUAAAAAGUGAUGAUCAUUUCGGAAAUGCCUAUUCUAGAUUAGAAAGAGGCUUUUUUAGUCGUUGUUAGCUAUUUAUAGAUAGUCAAUUUGGAGUUCAUAUUUUGUUGCUCAUGUCUUCUUUUAUCAUGUUAUCGUUUGUGGAUGCAUCCUUUUUUGUCUUCCCUGACUUACUGGACUCGCUUAUGUUUUUUGGGUAACAAUUUUAAACAAGGUUGAAAGACUAUACAGACUAUAGUUUGUAUCACACUCUUUUUGACUUUCGUGGGACCAUGCAGGAGGAGUUUGAGGAACAUGCUGCGAAAGUAAAGACCCUGAAAAAGGCACCAAGCGAUGAAAACCUGCUCAUUCUCUAUGGGCUUUACAAGUAAUCUACUGUUGGUCCAGUGAACACCAGCCGUCCUGGAAUCUUUAAUUUGAGGGACAGAGCAAAAUGGGAUGCCUGGAAGGCUGUUGAAGUGAAAUCCAAGGACGAAGCAAUGAGCGACUACAUCACCAAGGUGAAACAGUUGCUGGAGGAAGAUGCAGCUUCUGCUUGAUAUCUUCAAGUGUGUUGGCUUUUAGUUUCCCUGUGUUCAAAACUCAGAAUGUUUCUAAAUGAUUUUUCUAGUUCGUUCAAUGUUACUGUUUGUGUUUGAAUCCUUUGGAUGAAUUAUGCUUAAUUUAUAAUGUAAUAUUUAUUGGAAAUGGUAAUACUUAA